AUGCAGAGCCUGUGGUCCGCUGCAGCCAAGGACCAAGGACGCCUGUUGGAGUUGGAGGAAACCUCCCGGGGCCUUAUGAGAACUGGCAACUCCCAGGCCUCUGUCCUCCGGACUUCCAACUUCUCCAGAGUCACCUUAUGCUGCGGCCCCACUUGUCCUCUCCCUCCAGCCUGCUCCUACGACUUCUUCGCGCGGCAGUUUGCUCCGCCAGAUGUAACAAGGCCCUCCUGUGACCAAUGCUGCCCUCAGCACAAGCUGCACACUGUCUGCUCUUUCUCCUCACCACUGUCUCCUCUCCAGGCCCAGCAGCUCGAGUGUUGUGUGGAUGUGGUGGAUAUCAAUGCCACCUGCCCAGGAACAAGCCUGUGUGGCCCAGGGUGCUACAGACACUGGAAUGCGGAUGGGAGCACCAGCUGUGUCCGGUGCCAGAACGAGACCUUCGCAGCCUUCAAUGGCUCCGAGUGCAGAAGCUUUGCCGGCCAGAACACACAGUUCCCCAUGAACAGCACAGGGACUCUUGGACAGCCACAUUUAGGGGGUCCUCAUGUGGCAGCCUCUCUCUUCCUGGGGACGUUUCUCAUCAGUGCAGGUCUCAUCCUCUCUGUGGCUGGGUUCUUCUACCUCAAGCGUUCCAGGAAGCUCCCCAGGGUCUUCUACAGGAGAGACAGAGCCCCUGUCCUACAGCAUGGUGAAGCUGCUGCGAUGAUUCCCCCACCACAGUCUUCAGUGAGGAAGCCACGAUACGUCAGGCGAGAGAGACCCCCAGAAAGAGCCAGGGACUCCUCUGCCUUCUCUGGAGUGGAGGCCCGCAUCAGCAACGUUUAACCUGGAGGCCUGUCAAGACUCCACCCUGCGGUAGCAGAAGCCCAAGGAAGCCCAGCACACAAAGGGCUGAUGUUUCCUGCAGCUUGGGACAGGCCAGAAUUGGCUCAUGGAGACAGACAAAUGCUGAGGAGAACCCAUCCCAAGCUACUGAGAUCCUUCUAUCCCACCCAUGCUGUUGUUUUAACAGACCAGGAGCAAGGAGUCCUCAAGAGACACAAGGUCCCAGCAGUGGCAGCUAAAACAAAGACCUGAUACAAAUGACUAAAACUGGCACAGCCUGUGGGGGACACUGCUAUUCUGUACCUCAGAGAAACGGGGCUGCACCCUCUGGAGCCCUUGGCAGACAGGACCCUUUCAGCACCAGUAGGCUGAGUGCCCCCACAGACCCCUCAUGAGAGGAGUGAGACCAACACACAGCCAGCAGGGAAGACAAAGCCUGGGAAGCAGCACCUGAGACAGGCAGCUCCAGGUCCGAUCUGCUCCUAUAGGAGCUGAGACUCCCAAGGUCACAUUUCCAGGGGCUAAGAAUCAAGUUUUGCUUAAUGCAGAAAAGGCCCUGAAGCCCUGCUGUCUUCUUACCCCAGGCCUUGAGCCCUAGUGGGCUCCAGCAACAGACCAUAGCCGACAGACUCCAGUUAGAAGAUGCCAGGCUAGGCACCCAGUGUGAAGAGUCCACCCAUGGAUCCACCACAUCUGAUCCCUUUGGGUCAUUAGCUUUACUUGGGCUUGUGAUGGUAUGCUUGUCCUAGUAGCUAGUGGUUCUGGCCUCCAGGUGUCCAGCAUGUUGUCAACACUGAUAAGAGCUCACUACCAGACUUGAGCUAGCAGCUUCUGUGGCAGUGAGGGUGCAGGGCCAGUUUAAUGUUGGACCAAGUUAACUCUAGAGCUUCUCUCUUCCAGCCUUUUCACCGUUCUUAGGGUCAUCUGUUCUCCAGUGUGUGUGGCCUACCCUACCCCCAUGUGCAGGGCACAGAGCAAUGAGAGGUAGAGAAAAGCCCCUCAGCAGAGUCCAGGAUCCCCACUGCCUGGCACCUGGCUGGGGCACCAAACGCAGAUAGCACAGCCCACCCUGAAUGCAUACUCUGCUAAGGACCCAUUCAUCAAAUGCAGCCUCAACUCUUUUCAGGAUGUUACCUUAGUCGGGGGAGGGCUUACUUGAAACUGCAUUGUUCUAGGGACAAUCCAAGCCCCUUACGGCCUGAGAUAGAAGGAUGUGGGCACCUCUUUGAGGCUUUUCUGCAGCCUGGCUAGGGCCUGCAGGUAGGACCCAGAAUAUCUUGCAGGGUGUUGCUUGGCCACUCACCUCAAGAGACCCCAGGAGGCUACAAACUGGCACUUUGUAGGUCAGAGUCAUCCUUGGGAAGAGGAGGGUCCUGUGUCCUGGCCACUUGAGCCCA